GCUUCGAAGAGCUCUGACAACGAUCAUGACGGCGACGCGGCGCGGUUAGAAGUCACGCGGGAAGUGCGCGAGCAGCUCGAGGCCGCGUGGAAUCUCAGCCCCAGCGAUGCCGGGCGCGUCGCCAGGCGGAAACUUGUCAAGGGACAGCGGUUUUUGUCCGCUUCUGCGACGAAGCUGCCAACAGGGGUGGUGGCGGAGGUGGAAACCGAUGUGGGCGGAACCGUGGCGGAAAUGGAUCCUGCAGCGCGGAGGCGGGCGAUGCGGAGGAGGUUGCGCGCAGCCGCGCUCGCAAUGGGCUUGCGGAUGAGCGGAAACGCGCUGGGAAUGGCUGAAGAUUGGCAGGCGGAAGCGGAAGUGGAAUCGGAAGCGGAGGCGGAAGCCGCUUCAGCUUCCCCGCGCGUUAAAGGAAGUGGCGGAGCGAGAAGAGGUUCCGCGGGCGGGGGAGCGGCUGAGGGGAUCACGAUGAGCGAGGAGGAGGUGGAUGCGCUGAUUCGUGACUAUGGCGGGGGUGAAACAGCGAUGAACGUUGAUUGGACGCAGCCGCGCUCGUUACUGCCGGCGAAAGAGGAGCUACGAUUGGCCGAACUGAUACAGCGCGGGAAUGAACUGGAGGAGCGAGCUAAGAUUGCUGCAGCCACUGCUAAGCCGUCAGGCUCGGCAGCCGUAGCAGCAGCAACAGCCUCAUCUGGUCGUGAAGUUAAUGCAACUCGUGAGGUUGCUGAGGGCUUCGCAGAUGCGCGUGGGGAUGGGGAAGCAGACGGAUAUGGAGAAGCUGAUGCGAGCAUCGCACAAUCGGAACAACAGCAGCAUGUGCAGCAGCAGCAACAGCAGCGGCAUGUGCUGUCGCAUGCGGAAUGGGCAGUGCUUUGCAAUCUGACUCCCAAGCAGCUGCACCGACAACUGUUCGCCGCUCAGGCUGCCCGAACCAAGCUCGUUCUGCACAACCUUCGCCUCGUGCUAUCCAUCGCUCAAUCGUUCCGCCUCUCCACGGGAGCCGAUUUCGUCGCCAUCUGUCAGCGCGGCCUCGAGGGUCUCACCACAGCUGCCCGCCGCUUUGAUCCCGCCAGGAAGCUGCGCUUCUCCACCUUUGCCACCCACGCUGUCCGCACAGCAAUCAUACGUGCUAUUCCCUCCACUCAGUUCGUGCGCAUGCCUGCUAGGAGCUCCAUGACCCUCAUUUCAGUGCGCAAGGCAAGAGCAGCAGUGGAGAACCGACUAGGCCGUAAGGCCACUGUAGCAGAGGUGGCAGCAGAGGCCGGCCUCUCUGCCGCCCAGUGCCGUGCCGCCCUUGCCGCCCCUCUCGUCACGCGCCCCGUCUCCCUGCACGCCGCGUCGCGGGUCACAGGGCUUGCACUGGAGGACACUAUAGCGAGUACGGAUGGUGGUGAGGGUGGCUUGCUUCGGGAAAGCAGCAUGAGUGUGCAGGGAGGCGCACUGGGGCACACACGAGCAGCCCUUGUUGCCGCGGUAAGCAGUGGUGGUAGGGUAGCAGUGUGGAAAGGUGGGAGUGAUAGGGCGUGGGAUGAGGUAAGCGGUGGUGGCAGUGGUGUUGGGGUUUGGAAAUUGCAGCUUGGUUCCGAGCUAGCAUAUGAGAAGAGCCAACAUAAAGCCAUCUUUCAUUCCUCUUCCCCGAUUGAUUACCUUCCCCUGCACUCGCAGCUUGACACGCUACACGCACACGAGGCCACCGUGCUGAGGUGGCGCUUCGGGCUGGGCGGCAAGGACGGCGAGGGCGUGGGGGAGGUCUUAACCCUUCGGCAGAUAGCGGCCAAGAUGGGUCUGUCAUAUGAGAUGGUUCGGCGAUACGAGGCACGGGGCCUGCUGAAGCUGCAGGUGCCGGCACGAGCCCAGGCGCUGCAGGAGAGUCUUCAGGGGGAUUUGUGA